CACUCACCCACCCACCCAUCUAUCACCAAAAGCUCGAGUUGGGAUUCUGUACAUGAAGGAAAGAACACUGUUCACGGCCGUCUAUUGGAAUCGACUCCACAUUUGCAACCAUGCCGAUAAUCACUUCCAGCAGCUUCCCGAGUACUACUAGUACCCAUAAUCCGAAUAUGCCACCAGAGAUACCGACCCGACCUAGAUCCAGGAGCUGGCAGGGACUUUCGACAUUCUCGGGCGCACUGACGAAGCUGGAUGUCAGGCGUAUCACCGUCUCGUCGGCGCUGGGGACCAAGAUGGUCGUAUCGGCACCGUCACCGAGAGAUAUUCCAGCAUCAUCACCCAUUUCCCCAGCGACCCCGACGAGCUCCAUUUUGUCGGCACUACGUAUUCCCAUGUCUCCCCUUUCUCCCCCAGCCUCGCCGACUUCCGCGAGAUUGUCCGUGUUCGGUGAGCCAUCAUUCACCUCGUUCACCAAAUACCGAGUCCGAGUCUUCACCAAGGAAGGCUUCGACUAUCACUACUCCGAGAUCAAACUCCCUCAGCAGCGAGUCCCUAGCAUCAGAGUUAGCCCACCCGAUGAAUCGCCACUGCAAACAAGGUUUCUCGAUCCCCGCUCACCGCCAAAUAUUCCUCCCUACACAACCCGGCAUUCCUCAGCACUGUCCUCAGCAGAGUUCAUAUACCGACGGACCCGGAGCCUUGAGCCCGAGACGGCCCAGCCGAUGAUCCAACGAAGACGUCGACGAGCGAGCACACCCGCCCGACGGCCGGGAAGAUUGGUCACGAUGGGCUACAACCGCGGCGUGAACGCCGACUGGAGAACCACGAGACCACCCAUUCCCUCUGAUACACCAACCCCGCUUCCUCCACGCCCAGAUACGCCAGUGGUACGACUUCUGGCAACACCGCCAGUCAGUCCUGUGGAGUCAUUGACCAUUCCCAAGGAUAUUGAAGUGGGCCAUGAUAUCGGGUGCCUGUCGACUCCGCAGGAGCAGCGGGAACCACCGCUGUCGCCGCCACAUACGCCGCGGAGACAGAAGAGCGAUGACUCGCUGUCGUGGCUCUCGCAGGAGCUGGCGAUCUCGGAUGAGGUGGAGGAGGAUAAGCCGGUUGUGGAGGAGAAACCGCUUGAGAGUCCGUUUAUUGAUUUUUCCACACCUGCAACGCCGUUCAGACGGGAAUUCCCAGAUCUAUUCCCGACCAUCGAGGAGGAGGAGGAGGGGGAGGAGGAGGGAAAAGAAACUGCCGUAUAUGCGGAAGAGAUUACCGCAGAACCAGAACGUAUUCCAGCAGGUGAGCCCGUGGAGCAGACGACGACAGAGGCAAACACCUUAUUAUCCCUCCCUGCCGAAAUCCUCGUACGAAUCUUCUCUGGCCUCCCAUCUGCUUCCGAAAUCGUUUCCUUCUCCCUUACAUCACCGCACCUUCACCGCAUCUUCACCGAAAACGCAACAUCAAUAAUCAGCUCGGCCGUUGGCACCACAUCCCCGGCGCUCCGCACACUCCUCUCCACGCCGAAACUCCACCCCACAAGUUUCAAAGAGUACUCGCACGCCAUAACCACCUCCAUCGAGACGGCCAGCAUGCUAAAAUCCGCGAUCCGCGCGCGGUGCAAAAACUUUCUAUCCAAGCACCUCCUCGAAGCUAGCGCCUCCGACGAAAAAGCCUUCGACGACGCCAUCUUCCACGUAUGGGCAUUCUCGCUGCACUUCUCGGAAGCGCUCUCAAACGUCGCAGGGCAGAUAUCGUGGCUGAAAUCGCGCCGCCUGGGAAUGCAGCAGCUGCGGGACCUCCUCGAGGUGUACCAAUGCAUCGGCGUGCUCCUGUGCCCGCUGACAACCGACCUCUCGCUCGCCGUCAAGGCCGGCGUCGUCCCCGAGCUGGGCAAACACUGCGUGCUCGAGAUGGAGGAGGGCGUCGAGCUCUGGGUCGUUUACCUCCAGACACUGGAUCUGGAAACGCUCCGUCCGGUCAUCGAGGCGGAGGAGGAGGAUGAGGCGGGCAGGUGGGAUGCCAUAGUCCGCCAGGGGCUGUGGAGGUGGCAUAUGGCUGAGCACCCUGCGAGGAAGACCGCGCUCAGGAGGUUUCUCAAGGCCGCGGUCGGACAGGUGUAUGCCGAGUUGAGCGAUAUCGAGAGGAAGACGAGGCUGCAGGAUAAGUGGGGCAGGGAGGGACUAUGGGGCGAGAAUCUGUGGGGGGAGACGUGGGAGAUUUAGCAUACGUAGGGGACACUGGAGGGAUAGUUACUUGGUUAUGGGAGGCGAGGGAGUUCUGGCUUUUGCUGUUGGUUUUUUCAUGGAGCCGGUGUCUUUGAUUUUUAUCUUUUCUAGGUUGGAGCUUUAUGAAGCAUGAGGAAUGUCUAAUACACCUAUCAUACCAC